GGGAACCAGACGCUGCGGUUCUACAUGCAGAACGCGGACAUCGGGCUCAAGCGGUCCUGGGUGGCCCUGAUCCACCCAGACUUGAACAUCACGAAAGAAGAGAGCACCCACUACACUGGAGAGCCAGCUCCGGCGAUCGACGCGACGGCCCUUUACGACGCAGCCACGAAGGAAAGCGCCGCGAGCUUCCAGGACAUGAGGACCCGCAUAAAGGUGUUUGCACUACGCAAAUGCAUGGAGGCGAGCAGCACAGUACUUUCACCCCAGAGACUGCACGCGGAUGGACUCAUGAAGAUGGUAGCACGGCGGCGUUUCGCGGACCAGCUACGGCGCGGACGCUCGCAUCUGACGCAUGACCCGACUUGCGCGGCUACCAAGAAGACGGUCAAGGAGGAGCCCAUGGGAGAGUAUCAGCCAGACGCGAGCAGACGCAUCUUCAGCGACACGAACGGCGAAUGCACCACUGAUGCAUCUAGCAGCGUUUGCAGGGCGGCGGCCGACGUUGGCAAGGAGAUCAAGGCGUCCGUGUCAUGGCCGAUCACCAACCAACUGAACAAGUCGAAGUAUGACAUGGAAAUCAUGCAGAUCAAGAUGGGCGCUGCUUGCCAUCAGAAAGCCAAGAAGGACUGCGACAACGAGAACGACGAGAUGGUCAAGGCAACGAAGUACAACAAUAAGAAGGACGACAAGUCCGAGCAGCACAACGGCGACUCUAUGCCCGACAGCCUUGCAGCAAUCUCGGAG